AUGGAGGUGAGCCACUCAGUGAAGGAGCGCACCAUCGCCGAAAACAGCCUGGUCAUCCUGCUGCAGGGCCUGUGCAAUCGCGUCACCACUGUGGAGCUGCGCGACGAGAGCACGGCCUCUGGGCGCGUCACCAAUGUGGACGCCUUCAUGAACGUGCGCCUGGCCGAGGUGACCUUCAUGGACAGGCAGGGCACCCUGUGCCACCUGGAUGAGCUCUUUGUGACAGGCAGGAAUGUGCGUUAUGUCCACAUCCCCGAUGACGUGGACAUCAGGGCCACCAUCGAGCAGCAGCUCCAGGCCAUCCACAGGGUCCGCUAUUUCGGGGGCCGUGACAAGGGGAGGAAGGAGUUCCCUCGAACGAAGCACAGAUGAUCCUUGCAGGUGCUGCCG